AUGCUGUGCAUAAUCACUUUUAGUACUAAAUUUAAAUCCGACAAUAUAUGUAGUUAAAAUUUUUAGCUUAAUCAUACCAAACCAGUGUUUCUUAAAAAUGUCAUUUGAUUUAAAUCACAAGUUAUGGAUAGCCACCACAAAAGAAAUUGGACAGCUUGUAAAGAAGCAAAAUCGUCUGAAGAAAAUUGAUCCACCCGAGGACAAAGCAUUGUCAUUUAAAAUAUUUUCUGAGCUCUAUGUCUUAUAUGUGGAACUUGUGAACAAAUUAAGUUUUAUUUAUUUUAACACAUUCCAAGUGCAGAAACGGGGAGUUGUUCGAACGCUGGUUGAAAAUGCCACUCAACAGUUGAUGCUUCUCAAGGAGGAGUUAAAGGAAAUGGAGUUGAGCGAAUACGUGUACAUUGAUAAAGUAUUGAUUUCGAGAAAACUUACCCCACGCGAUUUAAUGAUUUGGAGGUCUCCACAAUUUUUAUAUCGCCGUCCAUUAGAUAUUCAAAACAUAAUAUCAGACAAUAAAUUGUAUAUGAAUGAUGAAGAAAGAGAAGAGAAUGCUGCGAAGGACUGGGUUAAAGUAAGCGAAGCUGUAGAACUUAUUCAGGCCCACGAAAGAGCAAGACGAGCUCGAAUAUAUAAAUCAAACAUAAAAUAUAAUAAGAAAAAGUACUUGGAAGUGCAACAGCGAAAAAAAGUAAAUUAUAGGUUUACUUUUAAGCCCAAUCAAGCCAUGAGUAUACCAGUUAAAAGAACUUUAUUUAAUGCAGACUUUAUAAAGACUGAAGAAUCCUGUACUGAACUUAUGAAUAGGGAUGAUAACAAGGACGAGCUUCAUGAUGAUCAUGAAGUACAAAAAAUUAUUGCGGUACGUAAUAAUGCUGCUCGUAUUAUUCAAUCCUGGUGGCGUUCCUACAGAAUACGAAAGAUUUUCAAAAUUAAAAAACAAUUUAAAAAAGAAUUGUUGGGUAUUAAGAAAACGCGACAGUUAAAAAGACCAAAUCAAUUCUCCAAUUCGGUUUUGGAAAUGUAUAACAAUGAGAAGCUGAAGCAAAAGCUAGACGAGGACUUUGCAAAGUUAAUUAUGGAUGAACGAACAAGGCUGCUUCAGGUUCGAACUCCUUGGAUGAUGGAAGACAUUUCCGAUCAUAUUCGCGCCUGGUUUGAAGAAUUCUAUACAAAAACUGGCAAUUUUCACCCCUAUCCAGAUCCAAUUAAAAAGGGUACAGUUCUGGUUGUCACUGAUGAGACUAUGUCUCCAAUGCAAUUUCAAGAAAGUCUUAAUAAGAAACCGAUGACCAAAGAGGAAAAAAAGAAACUCAAGGAUAAAAAGAAGGCAGAAAAAAGAAAACUAAAAGCAAAAUUAAAAUUGCAAAAAAUAAAGGAAGCUAAACGAAGGAAAAAAUUAAAAGAUGCAGGAAUCAUUGAUGUCGGUUUUAUACUUGCUUCUAGCAAGCCCAUAGAAAAAAUUGAGGAGACAAUGAAAAAGUUUUCGAUUGAUUGGAGAAAUGUUGAUGAAUAUCUAAAUAAGAAUUAUGACCCAAUUAAAAUUUGGGUAACAGAAGAACAGUUGGAUAUAAUACAUCAUGAAUUGCGGCAAUUAGUAGAUGAAUACAUGCGGAUUGAAUAUGAAUUGUUGAGAGAAGCUUUGGCAAAAGAUCAAAAAAUUGCUUAUAAAGCCCAAAAAGUGAAAAGAGCAAAGCAAAAAAAAGCCAAGAGAAAGAAGAAGCCUUUCGAUCUUACAGAAGACAGAACCUUAAGUUCCUUGUAUAAUGAACUUAAAGAUUCGGGUGUCAUUGAACCAGUUUCACAUAAAGAUUUUGAUGAAUUCAUUGCCGAUUUUAAUUUUUUGGCCGAUGGCACAAGGGAUGAAGACAACUUAACUACUGUUGGUCCUGCUAAAGGUGAUAUAAAAAUGGUAAUUCAAGAGAGUAUGUUGGGAAUGAGUGAGUUUGAUUUACCAAAACCAAAGUCAAUUCUACUUAUUGGUCCACUGAACAGUGGAAAAAAGUUGCUGUGUAAUAUAAUUGCAUCGGAAUUGGAUGCUGUUUUUCUGAAUCUAAGUCCAGAAAAGAUAUUUCAAUAUGAAGAUGAUAUGGGCAUGUUUUUACAUAAAGUAAUGAAAGUGGCAAAGGCGUUCCAACCAACCAUAUUAUAUAUUGAAGAAGCUCAUCGGGUUUUUGCAAAAAAAGUUCCUCCGGAACUCAUUUCUAUCAAGCCGACCCUUCUUGGCCCAUAUAUAGGCAAAAAAAUAUUGAAGCUUAUCAAAAAGACUGACAAGAUCGUACUUCUUGGCACAAGUAACAUGCCCUGGUCAGCCAGAGGGACACUUAAGAAAAGUUUUCAAAAAAUAGUACUUAUCCCGAAGUGUGACUAUGGAACUAGUUUUCUGCUUUGGCUUGAUCUAAUGACCGAAAAUGCGCCAGACGAUAUGGAAGCUUAUGCAUACUCUGCGCUUGCGAAAGUUUUACAAGCAUACAAUUCUGGAGACAUUACUAACAAUAUUGCCCAAACAUUGAAUGUUGAAAGAAAGAUGCGCCUUAAAUUUGAAGCACUCGAUCCGAAGGAGUUUUUGGAAUAUUUUCUGACUGAAAAUGACCCCCCAAUGUUCCCACCAGAAUUGAAGAUGAUGGAGAAAUUUACAAAAUGGUUUGGAAAAUCCAAUAAAUUCGAAAAAAUGAGAAAGAAGAUUUUGGCAAUAAAAUCA